AUGGCUGUUCCGAUUGGGGGUAUGUUCGCAACAGACAAGCUCAUAUGGCACUUUUCUUCCACGGGUCAAUUCACUGCGAAAUCCUGCUAUCACGCCUUGUUGACUCACCGUACUUUUUCUCGAGGAAUGGAAAGCGGUGGGGCUGCAUCGAGUAGUGGGGAAUCAACCAGAAGAUGGAAGUUUAUCUGGAAGUUGUCAAUCCCUCCCAAAGUCCGGAUCUUUUUGUGGCGUGCUUGUUCCGACAUCCUCCCGACGAAUGUGGAGCUGUUCCGCCGCGGAAUCAGCCCAUCACCAUUUUGUCGCUACUGCCCAGACAAAUGUGAGACCACUCAGCAUGUUUUGCAAUUUUGUCAUGGGAUGCAAGCUGUGUGGAACUCUCCGCCCUUCAACCUGCCCAACAUGGUAACAUUUCCAUCGUUUUGGAGUUGCUUGGUUUAUCUUCGAGAAAACCUUGAGCAGGGGCUGUUCUUAUUGGCUACUAUUGUGAUUUGGAAGACAUGGGAUUUGCGGAACCGUCGACUUCAUGGCAAUGAACAGAAUGGGAACCAGGGGGUAGUUUCUUGGAGUGGAGCAUUUCUGCAUUCCUUUAAUUCGGCUAUUAUGAGUGCUCAUCAACCUCCAACGCGCGCUUUUUCAACCACGUGGUCCCCUAGCUCCGACCCAAGGUAUUGUCAAGAUUAA